CAGCCGCCGUUAAACCUCAACAAAGAAGAAGCUACGUCACAUCCUUUUUCACCAUGGCGGGUGAUUUAACUCCGAGGUUUAGACGAUUGAACAGUCAAACACGGAGCCUUCGUGAAAAUGUUCAACCAGGAUUCUCUGGGCCCUUCCACGCUACACAGCUGUGGCACAACAUCAUCCAGGCGCUGCAUACACAGGUGGAGGUGCGACGGCGGCGGCGCCACCUGUAUGUACACCCUGACUGCUUCACAGGCUCUGACGCAGUAGACACUGUGCUCAGCUACUUGAUGCAGAACGUCUUCUUCUGUGCCAGUGAGGUGUCACGUCUUAAGGCCGCCAGGCUCUGCCAGGCGCUCAUGGAAGCCAAGGUGUUUGAGGCGGUGGGGACCAAGCUGUUCCGCCGGGACAAGGAGGCCACUUUCGAGGACACGGGCUGCAGCCUCUACCGUUUCCAGGACUGCAGCUCGCUGCCUGGCUCAGCCAUUAAGGCUGGAAAGAGUGGGGACACUGAGAACAUGGCCCCUGAGGACUUAGUGAGGAAGAAAGGCUCUAGACUGAGUGAGCUGAGGACCAUCUCCAAUCCCCUGGCGCUGGGCCCCUCAGACCGGAGGGUAGAGAGGCUGCUGAAGAUCAUCAACCUGCAGCCCUCCCUCCCUAAAGCCAUUACCAAAGCCCCCACCACCAUCUUCCUUUCAAAGACAGUGGUGGAGGAGGUGUGGAAGCAGCAGACGUUGCUUCAGCUGCUGCAGACGGUGGAGCUACCCGUGCUGGACUGUAUCCUGGCGACUCCGACCCGGGGGGCCCAGCCCCACCCCCAGGCUGCCGCCCUGCAGCUGCUGCAGAGCCACCACCAGGACCUGGUCAUCUCCAACACCUGCCUGGACCGUGAGCUGCCCCAGACCCUCAACCUUCCCGAGCUGGACGCAUGGCUGGUGGCAGCUGCUGACUGCCUGGAGCUCUUCCCUGACCAGCUGAUCGUGUUGGCGGGGGAGCACCUCCUCCAGCAGGGCAGUACCACAGAGGGGGCAGAGAGGCUGGCCGGCCAGAAGAAACUGCUGUUUGACACCAUGGCCAAACACUACGGAAGCCAGGAGAGGUCCCCGCUGCUCACCGGACGCUACCUGGACAUCCACACGGCCAUACUGGACCUGCUGGACUGUGGGAAGGUGGAUGAUGCUGUCAGGGCCUAUCAGCUGUGUCUGCAUCUGUUGGAGCCUGCUGGGAGAGAUGAGCUGAGGAGACUCCUGGCCUUCAUGGCCACAGCAGCCCAUCCGGAUGCAUGCCGUCUGCACAAACAGACAGACAACAGGGCCCUGAUCAGCAGGACAUUUCUGAAGGCCAUCUUGCAGAAUAAAGAGCUAUCUCGUACCCAGAGUGAGAGGCUGCUGCUGUUUCUGAUGGACAACCACACUCAGCUCUUUAAGACCCCCACAUCGCUGAUUGAUGCUGUGAGGAGAACACUGCAAAUCCUGCAGCAAGGAAGAGAUCCGAACAACAUUGCGAUGUUUACGUUCUGCCAGCAGGUGUCGCUGCAGCAGUAUGAGGAUCAGUGCGAGGCGGCCACCCUGGAGAGCCUGAAGCAGCUGAUCAGGGACAUCAGCCUGAGCAAGGCCCUGUCUGUCAAGGAGAGGAGGAGGCUGGUCAAGGAGUUCCAGAAGCACCAUCCCAUAGUCUUCCUCCAGCACUUCUCCUCCACUUUCUAGGGGGGGGUUGGAUUAGUUAUAAGAAAUUCCAGGUAUAAGUUUUCAACUUAUCAAUCAGAGGGUAAGGUCAUUCCAGGGCUAUGUUCAGUUGCUAAAUGUUCUUGAACAUUACAGAUUGAAGUGAGCCCAUGUGAUUCCUUAUUCUACAUGUCAGAGGCAUGUUUGAUCUACAUAGCGUAUUUAUAUCUGAACGUUCAAUCCUGCUGAACGUGCCCCUGGUCUACACAAGGGCAUACUACAUAGGGUGUGGGUCUAAGGGUUGAUUUUGGAAUUGGGCAGUAGGGAUCCUUUUCUGCUUUUUAAGCGCGUUUGUUCUUUGUUAUGCCAACAUUUUCCACAGUGCUGGCAGUAGUUUUCAGGAAUGCAUUUGCACUAGUUUGUUGGCCAUAGUAUGUUCUCAUCAACACUAGAUGCUAGUGGUAUAUUAGUAGCAAUUGUUGUGUUCUAACAAGGAGAGAUGCACUUACCCAGGUGCCUCAAGGGUUUAUUUCUGGUGAAUGAGAGCAUUCUCUGCUUUCCUUAGCUGAUGCCUGUCAGGAAAACCUUUGAUUUUGUUGAAACCUACACAGUGGGAAAUGUGUGUAAUGUUGGUGAAACAUUUAUCUAAAACUAACAGGCAUAGGAUCUAACUGAAUUUAUUCAGGGCUGGUUUUGGUAUCAAGUAUCUAGUUUUCUCAGGUAGAUUUUAAUUUCGGUACUGUAAAUAGAAGUUUAGGCUGGAUAUUAAGCUUGAACAGGAAUCUCUUUUGACGAUUAAGCAUUACACUUUAUUUCUAUACCUUAAAUGAAAUGUAACACAAUUAUUGUGUUGACAGUCUUAACAAAUGAUGUAUUGUUUUGGAUUUCGUUGACUGCAUCUUAUAACUGGUAAAGGGAAUAAUGCUGGUAAAUGUAGCAUCUUAUAACUGGUAAGGGAAUAAUGCUGGUAAUGUAGCAUCUUAUAACUGGUAAGGGAAUAAUGCUGGUAAAUGUAGCACUUUUAUAUCUGUACAAUUCUGUUGGGGACAAACUGAAUUAUUUGAAAUUGUAUUAAUUUAGUUAAUUAUGGAACUGUUUCCCACUGCUGUCAAGAACAUGUUUCAUAUCUGUUAUUCACAUCGUUGACACUAACUAUUCUAUUGGAUUGUAAUAGGCUUUGAUUGCAUUGGUUUGAAAGUUUAAUCAUAAGGUGGAAUGUUUCAAAUGCAGCCAAAAGUUUUUACUUUUGUAGUUUGUUGGUGUCUUACAAAUGAAUGCUUUGUCUCAAAUAAGUGCCAUGUUUUUAGCAUAACUUGAAGGAGUGCAUUAACUUAUUGAAAUGAGUGUAAAUCAUACAAUCCAGGGGUGUAUUCAUUAGUUGCACACCCGAGCAAAAAAGUUGUGCAACAAAAAUAAGUUUCUGUUGGACAAAUUCAAAUGGGUCCCUGUUUGUUUCAGUUUUUUUCUGUGUGGUUCCUAGUGAAUACACCCCGGGUUAAGUUGUUGCAUCAUUGGUACAAAGUUUUAAAUUCUAGAGCAUUUUCUGUACUGCUGCUGUAUGUUGCUGCCUAGUUUUGAGCUUUACAUAUUUUAGUCAGCAGAAUAUUACACAUGAUCCGUAAUGUUGCCGAUUCAGGUUUUGAAGUUAAUGCGUUGAAUUGUUUUGAAAUGCACUUUGCUGAAAAACGAUUAAAUACAGUACAAUAAGACUUUCAUUAAACAUCAUUGGAAGUU